AUGUUGUGGGCCGAAGCAGCAAACGAGACAGCACUCCGCAACAGUGCUGUGACAGACAAUACUGCUAUUACUAUAGGAAGAUUUGGAGAGAGAGUUUUUUCGCAGAUAAGACGAUUCGUUGUCGUUCGAGUGAACAGGCAAUCGCACUAUGUCCAUGCAUGCGCGAUCUCUACAUAUGGUGGCAGAGGGGCUACUAAAUGGGGCGUCAGGGCCUCAGAACACGCCAUUGUCUACCUCAACGGAAGCCAACCAGCACCAUACCCUGGAGAACAUGAACGGGGCCUGACCAAGGACCCUCUCAGAGUUGACCCAACAGACCCGAAAGAGAAAAUGGAUCCUGCCUCCAGGGUGCGACUCGGCAAAAUCUACUCGAUCGAGUGGAAUGUCAAAGUGAGAGAUAUCGGCAUGAUUGCUGCAACAGAUAGGUCGCGACUCAUGAAGUACUUCAAGGAGGAGCAGAGUGAGGGAUUCGAACCUGAUAACGAGUUUGAGGAUGAACCAACCAUCGAGCCACAGGAGGCAUAUCGACAGCCGGGCAAGUACACUCAACACUUCGAUUACUUCCCCGCCACGAUGCAACCAUUCUCGUCCGCUUCGACUCAGGCUCAAUAUCCUCAAGGGUCGUCACCAUAUUCGACACAGGCUCAACCCUCCUACGAUGAACCUGAAUGGUACUUCCCCGCCACGAUGCAACCAUUCUCGUCCGCUUCGACUCAGGCUCAAUAUCCUCGAAGGUCGUCACCAUAUUCGACACAGGCUCAACCCUCCUACGAUGAACCUGAAUGGAAGUACAGAGAAAAACCUCAGAAGUAG